UGUCAACAAUCUGUCACCUGUCACAUUUUAAAAUAGUUUUUGUUUGUAUGCGUGUAUUUUUGUGUGAGUAAAUUUAAUAUUUUUAUUAUUUUGCGUAUUUUACAAUGAACGAAUCCUUCGAACUGCUAAGUACCAUGUCUCCUAAAGUUGAUAAAACGCAUAUGUGUAUUCGACAACCUCCAACCAAAUUAGCUUUAAGAAAAUACUUUAGAAAAUCGCUAAAUGCACCUCACCUAAGACGAUCAAUAAAACAUGAUUCAAUAAUUGUAGUAGACUCUAGUAGCAGUUGCUCCUCUGAAGAAGACAAUGUUUCAAAUGAAUCUCCUAUUGUAAUAUCUGACAGUGAAAGUUCUUUUACUGUUGAAAAAACACCUGAUAAAACUGCGCCCGAAAGAGGCGGCAAUAAAAAAGAGGAUAAUUUAACGCCAGGACAAAGUUAUAAAAGACUGUCAAGAGAAAAAUACGAUAAAAUUGAACUUUGGGUUGAAGAUGUUAAUAAAGCCAAACACAAUGUCUCUGGUUACAGUGAGGUGUCUUCAGUGAUGGGAGAUGAUAAUCCCGGUUUUAAGAAACCGGAAACAAGUGUUGCUGCUAGUUCAACAAUGUUGGAGCGUGAUUUGCGUUUUGAUGAAUUAUUUAAGAGAAAAAAGAAAAGUUCUCUCUGCUUUAAUGAUAAGGAAAAGGAAACUUGUGAUGACAGAAAUGAUUUGGUGGUGAAUGAUAGUAUGAUAAGUGAGAGUCUGGAAAAUAGUUUUAAAAGUAUUGAUGGUAAAUCUGGAACAAAGUCUUCCGAUAAAAAUAAUUUGAUAACUGACGAAAGUUUCCAAAAUGAUUUUAAAAAUAUGACACUGGAUGAUUCUCUCCAGUUGAAUGAAAGCCUUAGUUCAAGGCUUAGAAAAAAAAAUUGUGGUAUUGGUAGCAGUAAAAAUAACUUACAAAGUGAUACAAAAAAGAAGACCAAAGUUGACUCUUCCCAGUUAAGUCAAAAUGAAAGGAUUAAUCAAAACGAAAGUUUAAGUACUGAAUCUCCUGCUGAUAAAAGUCUUUCUGGUUGUCAAGAGUAUGAGAACUUGUUAGAUAGUUUAUAUGGUAACAGUUGGAGGGAAAAAAAAGAAGAUAUUCUGCCUUCAUCAGAACCCAAACUAAAGAAACCUAAAUCAAAAAUUACUAAAACAGUUCCUAAAACUGAGAGACGUGAAAAUAAAAUUUCAAAUCUACUAGAUGAAGGAAAGAAAUCAAAUUUAUUACAAGAUUUACAAAGAGCACGAUUUAGAAGAGCUUUAGAAUCGCCUUGGAUGCAAACUAUAAAAAAAAUUUGUGAUUCUGACACAGAAUCAGAGGAAGAAAAUAAAAUGCCUCACGUUAAAUUAACCUUUGAAGAUGAUAGUAGCGAAUCAUCAUCUGAAUCUGAUUCUGAUGUACCAAAAAAAGCACCAACUAAAAAAACGCAGUUACUGAAGGAGAAAAAUGAAAACGUUGGUACUUAUAGUUUUUUAGCGUCAUUGUCUGGAAGUGUUCCGAAUACAAAAUGCGACAUGACGGCUUUAAUUUUUAGAAAUAAUUUUAAACAACAGAGAGACAAACUAACUGAAAAACUGUUUCAUUUGUAUAAUGAAAAAGUCUUUGACAAAUCCCUUCCAGAGGAUACGAAAAUUGAGUGGAGCGACCGGAUGAGGGGCACAGCUGGGUGUUGUCGUUGCAGAAAAAUCACAAGAAGAACGGGUGCUAUUGAAAGACACGCCACUAUAGUUUUAUCUAGUAAAGUUCUAGACACUGCUGAUAGAUUAAGAGACACUUUAAUACACGAAAUGUGCCAUGCAGCUACUUGGAUUGUCAAUCAAGUAACUGAUGGGCAUGGUCCGUUUUGGAAAUCAUGGGCUUGUCGUGCAAUGAAGACUUUUCCUGAACUUCCUCCCAUUAAAAGAUGCCACGAAUACGUUAUUAAUACUAAAUAUACUUAUAAAUGCACCGGUUGUGGUUACAGUAUUGGGCGACAUACAAAAUCGUUAAAUACAGAAAAGAAACGUUGUGGUUACUGCUACGGAACAUUUGAGGUCUUAAUUAAUAAAAUUAGUAAAAAAGGUGAGACUAAAUCGGUCCCUGCCACACCUAAGAAGCCGUCAGGAUUUGCAUUGUUUGUUAAAGAAAAUUAUGCAAAUGUAAAAACUCCUGACUUGAAACAUGGCGAUGUAAUGAAAAUUUUAGGACAAAAGUUUGCCGAUUUGAAAGUUAAUUAAUCUUAAUUUGACAUUAAGAGACUGAUAUGUAAGGCAUUGCUUCUCUUUUAUUUAGUUUUUACAAUAUAUUUAUUUUUAUUUGUG